AUGAAGAUUUUUAUAAGAGGUAAAGGUUAUUAUAUGGGAUUGGAAGAAAAGAUAGAGUUAAAUGUUGAACCAAUAGAUACAAUACUAAAAUGUAGAGAAUAUACUGGUGGUAAUAAAACAUUUUUCGAUAGGGAAGGUAGAUUAUUAGGUUUAUAUGAGCAGUUUCAAAGUAGUGGUUUAAAAGAAGGUGAUACAAUUGACAUUUGUUCAUUUCCAUUAGAGAUUGCUUUUCUAACUUUUAUAUUACAAAUACUUCAAGUUAAAGGAAAUAAUCAUUUAGAAAUAAAUAGACUUAGAACAAAAUUAUUCAAUAAAACUAUUGAUAAUAAAAUAUAUUCAUCUCAAUUAGAUAAAAUGAAACAUUUAUUUAAUGAUAGAGUGCCAAAUGAUAUUUUAGAAAAUGUAUAUUCAGAUUAUAUUAAAUAUGAUAGUAUAGAUAGGGAUCCACUUCACCACUUUAUAAAAAGAGUUUUUAAUGUUAAUAAAAAUAACAAACAAAUUUUAGCUUCACCGAAAUUAAUUUCUCAAAAAGAUGUUAUAGAUUUAGAUAAUAAUAAUAAAAAUAAAAAUAACAACAACAACAACAACAACAACAACAACAACAACAACAACAACAACAACAACAACAACAACAACAACAACAACAAUAAUAAUAAUACUAAUAGUAAUGCAGGUUCAAACUCAAUAACGGAUGAAGAAGAUGAUCUAACUCAACCAGAGGGUGACCCUAUUUUAUUAUUAGAGUCCAGCAAUACUAUACAAACAGAACAAACAGAACAAAUACAACAACAAUUAAUGAAACCAAUGGAGGAUAUCACAUUUGAGGUUAUAUUGGAUGAUGGAAAGAAAUUUAUAUCACACAAUAAAGAGCUUUUGGAUAAAUUAAAAAAGAUUGAGGAAUUAAAUUGGACUUUAGCAAGGAUAGUAUCUGCUAAAGUUACUAUAUUACCAAAAACUGUAAUUUUAAGUAAUAACAUUAGUAGUAGUAAUAGUAAUAACAAUAAUAAUAAUAAUAAUAAUAAUAAUAAUAAUAAUAAUAAUAAUAAUAAUAAUAAUAAUAAUAAUAAUAAUGCACAAACAUCUCCAAACCUAAAACAACAAAUAUCACCAACUAAAACAACAACAACGACAACUAAUACAACAUCCACAACAAUAAAUAAAAUAAAUACACCAACUAAAGAUAUUUCUUGUUUAAAUAUAUCCACACCAAAAACAACAUAUAAUAUAAAUAAUACACCACCAUCAGCUUUAUCAAUAAAUAGCGCAAAUUCGAUAAGUUCAGUAAAUUCAGUAAAUUCAGUAAAUUCAUCAUUUAAUUACAACAUUGAAGGUGUUGAUGACGAAUCAACAGAUUUGGAAGAUAAUGAUCAAGUAUUUACUGAUACAGAAGAAGAUGAAAAUGAUCGUUAUAAGGUUAAUAAUAAUUUAGAAAAUUCAUUUAAACGUGAGCUUACAGAAGUUAUUAGAUGUGAUACUGAUGAUUUUGAAGUUUAUAAGAGAUCUAAAAAUGGUGAUGAUGUGGUUAUAUCUUCUCAAAGCUAUACUUAUAAUUCAGCAUCACAACCAUUACCAACAACAAAUGAAUUGACAACACCACAAAUAUCACCAAAUAGUUCAACUUCAAUGGUACCCGCCACCACCACCACCACCACCACCACCACCACUAAUACUACAACAACAAAAACAACAACAUCUCAAUUAACACCAACUAAAAAGAAUUCAUUACCAAUUUUAAAUUUUGAUAAUAAUAUACCAAUUAAUGGUGAUAUUAGAAAAGCUAUUGAAUCAAAUAAUGAAAAUAAAAUAAAAGAGAAAAAAUAUAAACCAACAUUUCAAGGACAACCAGUUUCAUUUUUAUUGGCUCUAUAUGAAUUACGCGCAACACAAGAUACUCAUUUCAAUUUAGAAGAUGUAAAAGCAGAGGCACAGAAAUUUACAGAUGUUGAAGUUCGUAACCGUGAUAGAAAAGGUGAUAAUGCAUUUCGUAAUGCAUUAUCUAUGUUAUCUCAAUUAAUCUCUAGAAAAUUAAUUAAUUUCGUUAGGGAGGAAGAUUUAUAUUUGACUAAAGAAGGUUGGGAUUUUACAAAACCAAUUUAUCCAUAUAUGCAAGAUUUUAAAGAAUUUACAAUGAUAAAUAAAACAAAAAUGGAUUUGGCUCAAGAUAAAGUAAUGAUUCUCGUUGAUAGUUGUGAAAAUUUCAAAUCCGAUAUAUUAAGAAAUCUUCGUGAGAAAGGAAUUUUUUGUAUGGAGAUGUCUUUACCUUCUAGUGAUUUCUUAUUUGUGAAAUAUAAAGAGGGAUUUCAGGAUGACAUAAAGAAUUUGGAGUUUUAUCCAUACUUGUUUGAAAGAAAGACUUGGAGUGAUUUCAAUUCAUCAAGAAAGGAUACUAGAAAUAUUCGUCAAAAAUCAAAAAUGAAAUCUUAUGAUAAAAUUAAAAAAUCAUUUUAUAUCAUCGAAGGUGAUGAAAUAUUACAAACUAAUUUACCAAUGGAUACAUUGAAAUGUCAUUUGGAUCAAUAUACACUAAUGGAAGGUUUUACAAUAAUUAGAUCACAAUCACUUAUCGAUACAUGUACCCAACUUGCAAUCGUUGCAAAAUUAUUAUCUGACGACCCACAUUUAUCAACUAGGGAUCAAGAUUCUAUGUGUAAUCUAUUGGAAUUUAGAAAUCAAGUUUUAAAUUCAAGAGGUGGUAAUACAAAAGAAUCUUAUGACCAAUUUCAAGAUGAAACUAGAUCCGUUAUAAUUUCAAAUUCAAAUAUGGGUGAAAUGAUUAGAGUUUCAAUUUCUAAAGAACAAUUUAAAGAGUACAUAUUAUCACCACUCUAUAGAGAAACUGUUAAAUCCAAAUUGGAUGAUUUUUACAAUGAAAGGAAAUUAUUACUCUUUGAAUCAUAUGAAUCAUUAAGAAAAGAAAUUUAUUCUCAUCAUAAUCUUUUAUUUAAAGGUUUUUUAACUUCCGUUGAAAAAGGUUUAGAUAUUAGUAAUAUUGGUUAUCGUUCAGAGAAUUUAUUACUUUCCGAUUACAUUGAUAAUCAAACUAUAAGUUAUAAUCUACUUCAUAUUUUAUUAACAUUUGAUUUUCAAACAAUUACACAUUUUAAUCAAGCAACAUUAUCAAAUAUCAGAAGUACUUCAACUUUAAAUUCAAUUGUUCAAAGUUGUUUAGAUUUUCCAAAUCCAUCAACAACUGUUUAUAAUAAAUUAAUUGCAAAACCAGUUGGUAAAUAA